AUGGAUUGGAGCAUGGAUUGGUAUCGAUGGAGCAUCAUGCAGCAGUACUGUCCUUCAGGCUGGCAUCUCAGCCAAGUCAACCCCGGAGACUUCAUUUCACUCAAUGUCUCUGCUUCUUCAACUACAAGUGGGCGGAUCGAUAUCGCCAACUUGGACCAAGCAUACUCAACAACCAUUACAUUAAGCAAUGGUCCCACUCUUUGCCGCGUGGACGCAGAAUGGAUAGUCGAGCGUCCAAACUCCAACAUCGGCCUCCUACCCUUUGCCAGGUUUGAUGACAUUUGGUUCCAGAGUACCGUCGCCAAGCGAAGUGGUGGUACUGACCUUGGAAUCGACAGCGCGGCUAUGGUCUACCUUGGCUCCACUGCAAGUAAUGCCCUGUGCCUUGCAGCCGAGUACGACAAUGCGGACUUUUACACCUGGUCUCAAAACUAA